GCUCGAUUGCCUGCAUGCCCAUCUAAACUAUCUAAUGCAUUAUUCCACUCUUUUAAUUUCGAUCCAAUCACCUCUCUUUGUCAUCUAUAUCUACACGCACAUUCCCACCAACCAUUACCGAACUGAUCUCUUUUCGACGACUAGCUAGCGCAGAGCAAGAAAGGAACAGCUUAACAAUGGCAGCAGCAGAGAUAACAGCCGCCACCGCCGCCUCUAGCUCGUCGACGGCGGCAGGGUUCAAGAUCAAGACGGUGGUGGUGCUCGUCCAGGAGAACCGCUCCUUCGACCACAUGCUCGGCUGGAUGAAGAGCAUCAACCCCUCCAUCGACGGCAUCGCCUCCAAGGACCAGUUCUCCAACCCGCUCUCCACCGCCGAUCCUGCUGCCGGCAUCGUCUACUUCGGCGACAACUCCAGGUACGUGGAGCCCGAUCCGGGACACUCGAUCCAGGCCAUCUACGAGCAGAUUUACGGCGUCGAGUUCGCCGACGCUACGUCGACCCCGAUCACACCGCCGGGCGUGACGACACCGCCCAUGAACGGGUUCGCGCAGCAGGCGGAGAAGGAGCAGAAGGGGAGGUCGGAGAUAGUCAUGAAUGGGUUCCGGCCGGCGGCGGUGCCAGUGUACGAGGCGCUGGUGCGGGAGUUCGCGGUGUGCGACAGGUGGUUCGCGCCGGUUCCGGCGUCAACGCAGCCGAACCGGCUGUUCGUGCACUCGGCGACGUCACACGGUUUCACCAGCAACGACACGAAGAAGCUGGUGCAGGGCCUGCCGCAGCGCACCAUCUUCGACUCCCUCCACGACGCCGGUUACUCCUUCGGCAUCUACUACCAGAACCCGCCGGCCACACUCUUCUACAGGAACCUCCGGCAAGUGAAGUACAUCGGCAACUUCCACGAGUUCGACUUGAAGUUCAAGAAGCACUGCCGCAAGGGCAAGCUCCCUAACUACGUGGUCAUCGAGCAGCGCUGGAUCGACCUCAAACUGUUCCCAGGCAACGACGACCACCCCUCGCACGACGUGGCGGAAGGGCAGAAACUGGUGAAGGAGGUCUACGAGGCGCUACGAUCCAGCCCCCAGUGGAACGAGAUUCUCUUCGUCAUCACCUACGACGAGCACGGCGGCUUCUUCGACCACGUCCCCACCCCGGUCGAGGGCGUCCCCAGCCCGGACGGCAUCGCCGGACAGAGCCCUUUCUUUUUCAAGUUCGACCGGCUGGGCGUGCGCGUCCCGGCUUUAUUCAUAUCUCCCUGGGUCGAACCAGGCACCGUGAUUCACAAGCCGACCGGGCCCCAAGUCACUUCCCAAUUCGAGCACUCCUCCAUCCCCGCCACCGUCAAGAAGAUCUUCAACCUCCCUGACUUCUUGACCAAGCGCGACGCCUGGGCCGGCACCUUCGACUCGGUCCUCACCCGGACCACGCCCCGAACCGACUGCCCGUCGACGUUGCCAGAGGCUACGAAGCUCCGGGAGACCGAGGCGGCGGAGGAGGCGAAGCUGUCGGAUUUCCAGAAGGAAAUGGUGCAGCUGGGCGCGGUGCUCAACGGCGACCACGCCAAGGAUGUCUACCCGUGGAAGCUGGUGGAGGAGAUGACGGUGGCGGAGGGCGCGGCGUACGUGAAGAGCGCGUUCGAGGCCUGGCGGAAGGCAUGCGAAAAGUGCCGGGAGAGCGGCGCCGACGGGUCGCACGUGGUGGAGCUGAAGGCGGCGAAUGGACCGAAGGCCCUGCUGGAGAAGGUGUCGUCUUGCUUCACGUGCGGCAGGUUUUAGAGCCUCCGUGGUUGUUAGGAAUAAUAUAAUGGAUUGGAUAGAUUCGAUUAUAUGCAUAUUGUUGCUUAAUUAGUUUGUGUCAAGUGCGUGCUUGUUUGGAAACCGAAACACAAUGUUUAUUUCACUUUCUUUAUUUUAAAGGGUAAAUUUUA